AACUCUUCAUUCCUCGGGCGAUUUCGGAGGUGUCUCACGAGCAACAUACUUUCGCCAUAAAGCGAAGCGAGCACAUAGUGAGAUUGAAUUCCAUGGAGAGAUUGCGACAGUAGCGUGUCAAAAUUGCUUUGAACACGGUAUCCGCUGCGUCUUUAUGUCUGGAAUAAAAUCAAUAAAAUGCGCCUCGUGCGCUUCCAAAGGAAUCGUGUGUAUAAACUCGUCGUGGGCGUCGUUAGACAAAACUCGGGAAGAAGCGAAAGCGUUAAUCGAUGCUGACUUGCAGGAGUUGGAAAGAAUUAUAGCUUGUUUGAAAAAGAAUUGGAGAAUUCUUAAGUUGGCUGAAGCUCGUGCGAAAGCGAAAGCGGUGUGUCUUCUAGAUGAGCUAGAAGAGGAAGAGGAAAUGCAAAGGGUCAAGAAUGGUGGUCUUUCUAAUGCAGAACUGGAGGAGCUGUCCAGAGACUUGGUUAUCUAAAAUAAUAUGAUUUCCGAGGGUCCUCCAAUCUGGAGUGCCUGGGAUCCCAACGCGUUCGAUCGGAGUUUAAAAUGUUGUAGAUUUGAAGAUCCUGCGCCGGUGCUCACUGAUCCCGAAGAGCCCGCGCAACACUCGGCGGCUGCUUCUGAUCUGGGUUUAGUUGAUGGUAUUCCAGAAGCAUCCCCUGGGCUCCCGCCAAGUGAGAAAGAGGCUCCCACGAGUCGUCCUCUUCCGAUGGUCUAAAAUUGCUUCUACCUCAUAUUCAGGUUCCAAAGUAUCUUGGAGCUGGGUUUCCUGAUCCAAUGGUGUUUCUUGAUCUGCUUUUUCCAACAAAGACAUAUGAAACACAGGAUGUAUUCGCAUGUGUUUAGGUAGCUGUAGUUCAUAAUUAAU